CAGUAAAGGACAGCAAACGUGAGAUUGAACUGCUCCUCCAUGUAGCGUGCUAUCAGUUUAAGUAAGAAGAUUAAUGUUUUUAAAAUAGUUUUUACCAUCACAUCUUUAAUUCAAAGCUGGGUUCAUCGGACACUUUGCAAACAUCCUCCCAGCAGUCGAGAUGCCUGUGCAGUGCAGCAGCUGCGCUGAAAAGCGUGCCGUGCUUAAACGUCCAAAAACCGGACACUCACUGUGUAAGGAGUGCUUCUUCUGGGCCUUUGAAGAGGAGGUGCAUCAGACCAUAGUGUCAGCAAACCUGUUUAAACCUGGGGAGACGGUGGGAAUCGCUGCCUCCGGAGGAAAGGAUUCCACUGUGCUUGCACAUCUAAUGAAGCUCUUGAAUGAGCGAUACAACUAUGGCCUUGAGCUUAUGCUUCUAUCGGUGGAUGAAGGAAUCACAGGUUAUCGCGAUGACUCCUUGGAGACAGUGAAGAGGAACCAGCAACAGUAUGAGCUGCCCCUGAAGAUCGUGUCCUAUGAGGAGCUGUAUGGCUGGACAAUGGAUGCUAUAGUGAAGCAGGUGGGACUGAAAAAUAACUGCACCUUCUGUGGUGUGUUCAGGAGACAGGCGUUGGACAGAGGAGCCGUCAUGCUCAAAGUGGACAAGAUAUGUACAGGUCACAAUGCUGAUGACGUGGCAGAAACAGUUUUGAUGAAUGUCUUGCGAGGGGACAUAGCUCGACUGCGCCGCUGUACUGCCAUCUCCACAGACAGUGAGGGUGAAGGGGUCGUACCGCGCUGCAAGCCCCUCAAAUACGCCUAUGAAAAAGAGAUUGUGCUGUAUGCUUACUUCAAGAAAUUAGACUACUUUUCUACUGAAUGUAUCUACUCCCCUAAUGCUUAUCGUGGCUAUGCAAGGACCUUUUUAAAGGACCUGGAGAGCGUGAGACCCAGCUCCAUAAUGGACGUUAUUCACUCCGGUGAGAACCUGUGUGUGCGCGAGGGGGUAAAGAUGCCUGUCCAGGGAACCUGCAGCCGCUGUGGCUACAUCUCCAGCCAGGCGCUAUGCAAGUCCUGUGUACUGCUGGAGGGGCUGAACCGAGGGCUGCCAAAGCUGGGUAUAGGCAAACAUCAUCGCUUGCAUGAUAAAAUCCUCUCCCAGCAGCCCCUUACUGAGGAGGAGGAGAGAAAGCUCAAAGCAGUAGACUUUUGUCAAUCAUAAAUAAUAAUAUAUCUUCUUUUUUUUUAGAAUUAAUGAGAUUUGUCUUUUAUAUGACAAAUCAAAUCUUAUCUUUCCAUUUGUCAUCAGUUAAGUAUGUAUUGAAUGUUUAUAUGGACUUUUAAUUUGAAACAACAGUUCUAUGUAGACACAUUUUUCAGUUGUUUAAAGCUGUUUUGUUGUAAUUUGCAUAGAAAAAGGGCAUAUUUGAAGGUGCAUUUUCUUUAUUCCUGUAUUCCCAGUACAAAUACCAGUCUUUUGGGGAAGGAUUUGAUAACAGUUACGGUCACUUUCCAAAGUAUUUUAUGAACUAU